AUGCAACUCAAUGCCUUCAUCAAGGAGUUACUCUCAACCAUAAUGAUCAGACUUCCAACUUUCCCCAGUGUCAUCCUCAACUAUAAUGCGGGCGCCAGGACAUUCCAUGCAUUGACAUCUUAUAUCCCUCCAAACGUUUCACCAGAGGUGCCCACCGAUGUAUCACCAUUGGCAACCCAUGUCCCACCCGUACCAGAAGAAAGCUACGAUUUCAUGCCAGCACCGAAGCAGCCUGAGCAGGAUCCUAUUCCAUCCCCAGUUCGAUCAACACCACCAGCCCUAACAGCAACUCCUAGUUCACCACCAAUUCCAGCACAACCGACUCCCGUGAUCGAGCAGUCCACUCCAGCCUGA